CACACACACACACGAGUGCAAAGAGUGGGUGGGUCAAAUGUUGAAAGACUUUCAAGUAAAAUGGAUGUGAAGCCAACCAGUGAAGUUCGAGGGUGGACAACAUGGACACGUAUGGCCAUUUGGACUGGGGCUUCUUCUCAUCAUCAUUACAGCACACAUGGAUGCAACAUUCUGGAAAGUUCCACAGGUAACCUGAACAGAUAUGUCAUUUUAAAAAAAAUUAAUGAAAAUGAUGUUUAUGUUUCGGCGUUGCUUGUUUCAGAUCUGCGUUAAUCCCGGCAUGUCCCAGAUGAGAGACAACAGAAAUGACGGCCAUCGCUUUCACGGUCUGGUUGCUGUGCCUGCUCCCUGCUGCGGCGCUGUCUCGCUGGGCGUGCGUGCGGGCGUGUCCCCGGUCCUGCUCCUGCACGCAGGAGAAGAGCUGCAGCGUCCUGUGCGACCGCUCCGGUCUCGCUGAGCUGCCCAGAGAGUUCCCCUGCGAGGCGUCGGCCAUCAACCUGGACAAGAACAGCCUCAAGUUCCUGUCGGAGAAGGCCUUCGGUACCCUGCCGUCCCUCAAGUUUCUCUCCCUGGACCACAACAACAUCUCCUUCAUCACGCCUGGAGCCUUCAAGGGCCUAGCCAACCUGGUGGAGCUGAAGAUGGCGCACAACGAGUACAUCAGCUACCUUCACACCCGCACCUUCACCGGACUGAAGAAGCUGGUGCGCCUGGACCUCUCCGACUGCAACCUUUUCAACAUCCCAGACCGCAUCUUCAUCGAGCAGACGGCGCUCAAGGAGCUGCUCUGUUUCCAAAACAAGUUCCGCAGGAUCCCCGGCGCAUUCCGGGGUAUGGAAAACCUAACCCACAUCUACCUGGAGAGGAGCAAGAUUGAGGCGGUGGCCUACAACUCUCUGCUGGGCCUGGGCAGUCUGAAGUACCUGAACCUCCAAGAGAACCGCAUCAACGUCAUCCACGACCAGGCCUUCCAAGACCUGGUGCGCCUGGAGAACUUUUACCUCAACGACAACCGGCUGUCCGACUUGCCGCGGCAGGCCUUCAAGGGCCUGAGCCGCCUCAAGAUGCUCAACCUGGGCGGCAACCGGCUGACCAACGUGUCCAAGACCUGGUUCAGCGACCUGGUGGAGCUGGAGGUCCUCUACCUGGACCGGAACCAGCUGCUCUACAUCGAGGAGGGCACCUUCGAGAACCUGACCAGCCUGAUCACGCUGCACCUGAACAGCAACAACCUCACCACUCUCCCCUUCCCGGUUUUCCAACCCGUCUACUUCCUGGGCCGCCUCUAUCUCUUCAAGAACCCUUGGGAGUGCCAGUGCUCCCUGGAGUGGCUCAAGGACUGGAUGGAGAACUACAAGCUGGUGCGGGACAUCCGCUGCUCGGCGCCCUCCUCCGUCGCCGGGUUGGAUCUGGGCCAGGUGGUCUUUACCAAGGUGAACGGCACCUGCGUGGACCCGGCGGACCUGAACCUGACCACGGUGUCUUCGGAGGUGGCGUCCACCACGGAGAACCGCUUCAACAGCCUCCUGUCCAAGCUGCUGCAGCAGGAGCUCCGCGAGGAGAUGGGGAACGGGACACAGGGCGCUCGCAACGGGACGCUGGCGGACCCCGUAGACGGACAGCUGUCGGCGGGGGCGGACCGGCGUUGCUGUCCAAGAACGUGGUCUCUCGCGGCAUGGCUCGUCGUCUGGGCCGGCGCGGGACUUUCUUGUACGUGAACUUCCCUGACGGAGUAGCUUCGAGGCGUCCAUUUUAGCGUUCUUUGUCACUGACAGAUGUUCUCUCGCCCGCUGUUCUUUCCUGCACUCUCUCUCUCUCUCUCUCUCUCUCUUGCUCGCCGUUAAUCUUCUUACAUCAUGUGAGUCCCCCUCCCACUUGAUGAAGGCGGGGGCUGUGAUUGACAUAUGCCAGACUGUGGAUUUGGGGGAUUCCUGCACUCUGAUGCCGUCCGCGUGUCGCUUCGUAGUCUUGAUGCUGCUGUGGUCGCCUCAAAUAUAUA